UUUAAAACCCUCGCUCUCCCCCCCACUUCUUUUAUCACUCCAUCUUCAUCUAUCGGCCGGACAGCUCCAUCAUCUAUCUAUCUAUAUCUAUUGCUCGUCUCUGCUGCUACUCGUACUGCUGCUAUAUAUCUAUCCGGCCAGUUCUUCCAUCGUUCUUCUACCUCUACACAUAUAGACAUAGACAUACACGCCUGUAUAGCUCUCACAUAUAUAGCUAGAUUGAUCAGUAGAGGUCGAUCGAUAGAUGAUGGAGAGGGUCGAGGACUUAGGGCUCAGCCUCAGCCUCAGCUCGUCCCUCGCGUCUCCUCGCACUCACCAUGUCGCCACCAUGCUGCUACGCGCUCCACCAGAGAAGAGGUUCCUGGAGAUGCCGCUGCUGCUCCCCGCGAAGCGAAGCGAGCUGGCCACGGGCGAGGAGGGCCUGCGAGGCGGCGGCAGCGACGAGGAGGACGGCGGCUGCGGCAUCGACGGCUCCAGGAAGAAGCUCCGGCUGUCCAAGGACCAGUCGGCCGUGCUCGAGGAUAGCUUCCGGGAGCACCCAACUCUCAACCCUCGGCAGAAGGCAGCCUUGGCGCAGCAGCUGGGCCUGCGGCCCCGCCAGGUGGAGGUGUGGUUCCAGAACAGGCGCGCCAGGACGAAGCUGAAGCAGACGGAGGUGGACUGCGAGUACCUGAAGCGCUGCUGCGAGACGCUGACGGAGGAGAACCGGCGGCUGCACAAGGAGGUGCAGGAGCUCCGCGCGCUCAAGCUCGUCUCGCCGCACCUCUACAUGCACAUGCCCCCGCCCACCACCCUCACCAUGUGCCCCUCCUGCGAGCGCGUCUCCUCCUCCAACGCGUCCAACGCCAACUCCGCCGCCGCUGACCGCAAGGCGGGCGCCGGCGUCGCCGACGGUGGCGCCAUCGUCUGCCACCGCCCGAUCGCCGUCCGGCCGCAGCAGUCAUGACUCCAUGACCCAGCCGAUCUCGAUCGAGGCACUAGUACGUAGUAGUAGCUGCUACACUAGCUAUAGCUAGCUAGCUGUUCACCCGGCCGUCCGUACGUACGUGUAAGCCAACAAAACAGUACGUCUGCUCUGCCGCAUUUAUUCGAUCGUGCAAACGACUGUUUCCUCGUUAAUCUCUCUUGUCUCUGUAGUAACAACCUCUGUUAUGACGACUCAGAGCCAGUAUUAUUAA